AUGUACUAUACUUUAAUUUUUAUUUUCACAGGGACAAAACAGGAGUGUGGCGGGUCUCCAUACAAAAGAAGGAACUGUGGCUACCCAGGAAUCAGUGCUUCCGAAUGCGCCAGGAGAGACUGCUGUUUUGAUUCCAGCAUCCCUGGCGUGAAUUGGUGCUUCUACUCUCAGGCACUGGAUAGGGCUCAGUGCUCGGUGAGUCCAGCCGACAGAACAAACUGUGGAUAUCCAGGAAUUUCUGACAAGGAAUGCUAUUCUAGGGGAUGCUGCUUCAACUCAAGUCUUCCCAGGGUUAAAUGGUGCUUCUAUCCCAAUGGCCAAAAAAAAGCCCAGGAGUGUGGUGGCUCGCCCAAUCAGAGGAGGAACUGUGGGUAUCCUGGGAUUACCGCCGCUCAAUGCGCCAGCAGGAACUGCUGCUUUAAUUCCAGCAUCCCUGGUGUGAACUGGUGCUUCUACUCUCAAGCAGAAGAUAAGGCUCAGUGCGCGGUGAGUCCAGCCAACAGAACAGACUGUGGAUAUCCAGGAAUUACUGAAAAGCAGUGCUAUUCUAGUGGAUGCUGCUUUAACUCAUCUGUUCGUGGGGUUAAAUGGUGCUUCAAUCCAAAAGGCCAAGAUGUGUGUGGCGGAUCUCCCUAUCUGAGGAGGAACUGUGGAUAUCCUGGGAUCAGUGCCUCACUAUGUGCCAGUAAGAACUGCUGCUUUGAUUCCAGCAUUCCUGGGGUGAAUUGGUGCUUCUACUCUCUGGCACAAGGGGAGAGGAUAACGGAGACCUACUUACCUAAUACUGAGAUCCUCCCAGCACACGAUCGGUUCGGCAGUCUUCAGUUGUGGACUGUUUCUAACAUCAUGGAGCACAGACCAGGCUCCAAAGACCAAGAACAACUCGCCACUUGA